CUCAAAACAUCAGCAUAUUUAGGGGUUUUGUAGAAGGAAGAAUCUUGCUCUCACACACUGGAGGCAGAGGUGGAGGCGGAGACGGAGGCAGAGGGUAGAGGCAGAGGCAGAGACGCUCACUUCUUCUCCCCACCAUUGCACAUUGUCGCUUCUUUAUCUUCCUCAAAACGGUGAGACCCACAUAUCUUGCUCUCACACACCGGAGGCAGAGGUGGACGUGGAGACAAAGGCAGAGGGCAGAGGCAGAGACGCUCACUUCUUCCCCCCGUCGUUGCACAUCGUCGCUUCUCUAUCUUCCUUAAAAUGUUUAGGUGAUGCAAUAGCUGGUAAGGAGAUUCAUGGAAGGAUUUAUAGGCAUGAGCCAUGAGCAAGAGUUGAAUGGCAAAAUUUGGGAUACAAGUGCAUUCCCUUGUCAUCAAGUGUGGACUCGACCUUUCUAUUGAGGUAAUUGUUAAACUUGAAGAUCCUGCUAUGAGUUAGUACUGUGCUUUACGCUUAUUACAGACACAUGGAAGAAGAAAUAACAAGUGCUUCUAGGCUUGUAGAGUUGAAUGAGCACAAUAGUGAUAAUAAAAUGAAGGAUACAGUGGAUCUGAAAAAUAAUGAGUUGAAUGAAGAUAAUGUUGAGAAUGAAAAAGAGGAAACAAGAAAGGUAGAAGAUAAAGUGGAGGAUCCUUGUGUAGGAAUGUUGUUUGGUUCCAUUGAUGAUAUCAUGGAAUAUUUUACAAGGUAUGGUAAUAAAAAGGGUUUUGCAGUGGUUAAAAGAACAUCUAAAAAGGGAAAUGAUGGGGAGGUGGAGUCUUUGACUAUAGCUUGUAAUCGUGCUGGAAAGCAACAGAUUAAAGCUAGCACAUCACUUAAAGCACAGCCACAAUCGAAAACAGGUUGCAAAGCUCAUUUUAAUAUCAUUCAAUGCUUAGAUGGGUGGAUAUUGAAAUCCAUGGAACUUGACCAUAACCAUGGAUUAAGUCCAAGCAAAACCCAAUUUUAUAAAUGCAACAGAGUAUUAAAACCACAUGUGAAAAGACAACUUGAGUUGAAUGCCAAAGUUGGUAUUAAAAUGAACAAGAGUUUCAAUUCAUUGGUGGUUGAGGCAAGGGGGCAUGAAAACUUGCCAUUUCUAGAGAAAGAUUGUAGAAACCACAUGGAUAAAUUCAAGCAUUUGGAGCUCAGGGAAGGAGAUGCUAUAGCAAUGAAUAAGUACUUUUUAAAAAUGCAAGCCGACAAUUCUAAUUUCUUUUACAUGAUGGAUUUUACUGAAGAUGGUCGAUUAAAGAAUGUAUUUUAGGCAGACGCAAGAAGUAGUGAAGCAUUUAAAGAGUUUGGUGAUGUGGUUACAUUUGACACGACAUACUUGGUUAACAAAUACAGCAUGCUAUUUGCUCCUUUUUUUUGAGGUAAACCAUCAUGGACAAUCAAUAUUGCUAGGAUGUGGAUUGAUUUCGGGUGAAGAUACAGAUACAUUUAGAUGGUGAUUUGAGUCUUGGCUUACAUGUAUGUCUGGAGUUCCUCCUAGUGCAAUAAUUAUAGAUCAAGACAAGGCCAUGAAAAAAGCAAUACAGAUUGUUUUUCCAAAAGCACGACACUGAUGGUGCUUGUCGCAUAUCUUGAAAAAGAUGCUUGAA